AAAACAUAUCGCUAAAAUGAUGAGGGGGACGCGAAAAUCCACUCUCAUGACUCCAGAUCCAUACCAUACACCUGGGUAAGUGAAUUUUCUUUAAGAACCACCUUAACAUGUCGGCGCGCGAGCAAAUUUUCUGUUUAUUACUCGCAAACAAAUGUACAUCAAUAAUUCCUCAGCUGUAGCUACAAUAGCAAUGGACUCUUACGAUCAAUUUACCUUUACAGCUACUGUGGCUACUGUCCUCAAUUUAAGUACCAAAUCGGUGAAACUUUCGGUAGAACGACCUCGCAGCUUUUGACAACGUCAUCGGUUGCUAGCUCCGGUAGGCCUGUUCUGUCUGACAUUGUUCCACAGCCUCGGCCACCGAAAGACGGCAGGCGAGCGUUAAUCACGGCUCGAUGCUUAAAUCUUGGCGACCAAAAGCUUUGCGAUGAGAUGGUACCCAACUACACAGGUAAGCGGAUAAAUUUUGUUUGUUUCUUUCCUGUAAUUGUUCAAGUUGGUUCCAGAGUUUAAGCACUGAAUUGGUUAAUCCUUAUUAAUAAGCUGGGUACACAAAAAACUGAAUACCGAAGGCAUUUUCGCGGGAACUGUCAACGUAUUGGUGGGAAAUAACGCUUAAACAUAUCCAGGCCAUCUUCAUCUGUACAUUUUACUUCUACGAUUUUUUAUCUGGCUACCAAGAUAGAGUAAUUAGUCUGCUAGUACCCAUUAUGUGCAAAACGAAAAUUGAGGGUAUAGCGAAAAUUUAGACAAACGUGUGAAAACCUUUGUGUUAACUUCCCUUGCCGCAAUUUAAAACAACAUCAAAGGAACCGACAAAUUUACUGGCGAAAUACAACCAUUUCGGUUUAUUCCCGUGAAAAUUAAGAUUGCAGAUCUCUCAAAAAAGAGAUUUAAAGCCAACAAACGAAAGUUUCUGUUCUGUUGUGUGACUGUCGGCGGCCGAGUCAGAGCAUAGUUUACACUUGUAACCAAGGAAGCGACGUCUUGCCAAUGUUUAAUUUAUGUCUCCGUAAUGUAUGCAUUGUCAUCAAACAUUGGCUCAUUUUAAUCAGUUGUUUGUCAUGUUUUUCCUACCCGUUUUUGCAUAUAUUUUUCGUAAGACCAUUCGUUGUUGGCUUGAUCGAGUGGUAGGCCGAGCUGCAACGCUUCUGACAUGUGUACCAAGCGUUCUUUUACAAACCGAGCUUUUGCCUCAAUCGUUAAUGAGAAAAGGUAGAUUUGCGAGUGUUAUACAUUGUAUGUAGUACACCCAGCGAAGCACGCGAGCGCGGGUUUAAAUUACCAGCCGCGAGGAAGGUGUCACGCAAAAUAAACAGACAAAUAAGAAAAAAUAAGCUUCCGUGGGUAGAUCCGCGUGCAACAGGGUUCUUUGGAUAUAUUAAAAUUCAAGGUAUAGAGGUUUUUUAGAGCCCGCUCACAGAAAGCAACACAUAUAUGAUUAACUGAGAUUUUUUCUGAAACCAUUCUCUUUGUGUGGAUGAUUUUCUUGCACGGUAUCGCAGAUAACUCGGCAACUGAGGCAGAAUAAGGAGCAUAUUAGGAAAGCAAAAAGUUUAUGAAACAAAGAGAUCACGAUAAAAUCAUUCAAAGGGGAAAGAGGCAAAAACGGUUACAGAAAACUUCCACUUUUAAUCUUCAGUUGCUUUAUGCAUCCCGCCCAAGGCACUCUCAUAGACUUCUUCAUGAAAUUGAGCGUUAUUACAUUCUAUAGGUUAUAUUCCUAAAGGAGAGCAUUACUUUGGAAAACCCUACGCGGAUACUUGCCUGAGCGCCAUCGCAGAUUUCCAAAGCGAUCAGCUUAAACACCACCGUAAAAUUCGGGACCUGAGAACAAUUGCUGACCUCCAGAAAGGCAAGGAAGUCCCACCAGAGCUCUUAUCCAAAGACACACUCAUCACUACCAAAUACAGGACCCCACUGCAGUCAAUAACCAUAAAACCUAAAGCUUACUACUCUCCAAACGUUCUGCAGCACUCGCUCUCUCCAUACGUCAUGAGCUACGACGACCCGAAAAAGUUCCUUAUGUCAGGUUAUACGGGAUUUGUCCCGCGUGCCCGAGGUCAAAUGGGGAUGGGAUACCCGCUAUUGACGAAUAAGGCGCUCUGCGAGUUUACAGAUGAAAGCGACCGUCUGAAACGAGUAAAGGACCUACCCGUUGUGGUGGAACGUCCCGUGAUCAAAAUCGUCGACACCAAGCCAAUUUAUUUGAAAGAUUCAGGACAAGUCCCGCACUACACUGGCCAUGUACCAGGUAAGGUUUCCAUUAAACGUAAUGAAGGGACCUAUGAUUUUCUCUGAAAAUUAAAUUACAAAUCUUGUGAGCCGUACUUUUUUUCAAAACUUCAAAGGAGAUCUGAAGUACCGAUCAUGCACAUUUGCUUCGGUGGCUGAUUCGCACAUUUGCAUAUUGCCGCCCUCUAGCUUUUGCUUUCAGUAGUGUGGUUAUUGGGGGUUUGUAUUUCUGAUAGAAAAUGUCAGUUUUACAGGGAGAAGUAUUAAAAUUGUAAGUCUUAGAACUGAAACAAUUAGAAGGUUCCAGCCUCUAGAAUUUUCCAAGGACCUGAAAAAAAAAACUAGGGUGGGGUGGGUGUGCACGUAUAGGAAAAAAUCCGGAUUGAAAAAUCGAAAUCCAGGGCCCGGAUGUUUAAUAUGUGGACAGCGCUUGCUCUAUCCACUGGUUAAACCACUAUCCACACUUUCAGUAAACGACUGGGGCUAGGUACCCUGGGUGCCAGAGAAUUUUCAUGCGCAGUUUCCGGUUUCGGUCGAGUCUCUAUGGUGAAGUGCACCGCUCGAGACUUCGGCUGAAGAUGUUUUAGCCUGCGGCCGACAUCGAAGCAUCUCGCCACACGCGAGAGAAAACGUCUGGUACCCAGGUUAGGGUCUAGGUUUCCCUUGGCAUUCAAACUUUUUAUGCACUUCAUCUAUUAAAUGUAUAUUGUUCACUGAUUGCCCUGUGUUUUUCUUUAAUCGGCAUUUUACAGGUGAGAAGUUCCGGUAUGGGAUGACUUUCGGCUACAGCACGCAGAAUGCGAUGCCAAAAAAAGCUCUGACCGUCUAA